UCCCGCUUCUCCCGGCUCCUGUCAGUGCGGUGACUGCGCUGGGAAACAUGGCGACCGAGGGGAUGAUCCUCACGAACCACGACCAUCAAAUCCGCGUCGGAGUCCUCACAGUGAGUGAUAGUUGCUUCAGGAAUCUUGCAGAAGAUCGCAGUGGGAUAAAUCUCAAAGAUCUCGUACAAGAUCCUUCUUUGUUGGGUGGGACUAUAUCAGCAUACAAGAUAGUACCAGACGAAAUAGAAGAAAUCAAGGAAACCCUGAUAGAUUGGUGUGAUGAAAAGGAACUUAAUUUGAUACUAACAACUGGAGGAACAGGGUUUGCACCACGAGAUGUCACUCCAGAGAAAUUCCCAACAUUCCCAUUUUGUGGGCUCCAGAAAGGGGCCACAAAAGAAGUAAUAGAACGGGAAGCACCAGGGAUGGCCCUGGCAAUGCUGAUGGGAUCACUUAAUGUUACACCUCUGGGCAUGCUCUCUAGGCCUGUAUGUGGAAUCAGAGGGAAAACUCUCAUAAUUAACUUGCCAGGUAGCAAGAAGGGAUCUCAGGAAUGCUUUCAGUUCAUACUGCCAGCUCUACCUCAUGCCAUUGACCUUUUACGUGAUGCCAUUGUAAAAGUAAAGGAAGUGCAUGAUGAACUUGAAGAUUUACCUUCCCCACCACCUCCUCUUUCUCCUCCUCCCACAACUAGCCCCCAUAAACAGACAGAAGACAAAGGGGUUCAAUGUGAAGAAGAGGAAGAAGAGAAGAAAGACAGUGGUGUUGCUUCAACAGAAGAUAGUUCUUCAUCACAUAUAACUGCAGCAGCCAUUGCUGCCAAGAAGCAUCCAUUCUACACCAGUCCUGCUGUUAUCAUGGCACAUGGUGAGCAGCCCAUCCCUGGUCUCAUCAGUUAUUCCCAUCAUGCAACAGGCAGUGCAGAUGAACGGAUUCCAGACUCCAUAAUUUCUCGUGGCGUUCAGGUGCUCCCACGAGACACAGCUUCCCUCAGCACUACUCCUUCAGAAUCGCCUCGUGCUCAGGCUACAUCUCGCCUUUCUACUGCUUCCUGCCCAACACCAAAACAAAUUAGACGGCCGGAUGAAAGCAAAGGAGUUGCUAGUAGAGUUGGAUCCCUCAAACUCCACUCUAGAUUGGAAGGGCUUAAAGAUGAACUCUGGAGGAAUAGAGGCUACGACUUAAGAGUCCAAUCCAGGUGCAGCAGCAAGGAGAACAUUCUCAGAGCCAGUCACAGUGCUGUUGAUAUCACCAAGGUGGCUAGAAGACACCGCAUGUCUCCUUUUCCUCUAACAUCUAUGGACAAAGCCUUCAUCACAGUCCUGGAGAUGACUCCGGUGCUUGGGACAGAAAUCAUCAACUACCGAGAUGGAAUGGGUCGAGUCCUUGCUCAAGAUGUAUAUGCAAAAGAUAACCUACCCCCCUUCCCAGCAUCAGUAAAAGAUGGCUAUGCUGUUCGAGCUGCUGAUGGCCCAGGAGAUCGUUUCAUCAUUGGGGAAUCCCAAGCCGGUGAACAGCCAACUCAGACAGUAAUGCCUGGACAAGUCAUGCGGGUUACAACAGGUGCUCCAAUCCCCUGCGGUGCUGAUGCUGUAGUACAAGUAGAAGAUACCGAACUUAUCAGGGAGUCUGAUGAUGGCACCGAAGAACUUGAAGUACGAAUUCUGGUGCAAGCUCGGCCAGGCCAAGAUAUCAGACCCAUCGGCCAUGACAUUAAAAGAGGGGAAUGCGUGUUGGCCAAAGGAACGCACAUGGGCCCCUCAGAGAUUGGUCUUCUGGCAACUGUAGGUGUCACGGAGGUUGAAGUUAAUAAGUUUCCAGUGGUUGCAGUCAUGUCAACAGGGAAUGAGCUGCUAAAUCCUGAAGAUGACCUCUUACCAGGAAAGAUUCGAGACAGCAAUCGUUCAACCCUCUUAGCCACGAUUCAGGAACAUGGUUACCCCACAAUCAACUUGGGAAUUGUGGGAGACAACCCAGAUGACUUACUCAAUGCCUUGAAUGAGGGUAUCAGUCGUGCUGAUGUCAUCAUCACAUCAGGGGGUGUGUCCAUGGGGGAAAAGGACUAUCUCAAGCAGGUGCUGGACAUUGACCUUCAUGCUCAGAUCCAUUUCGGCAGGGUGUUUAUGAAGCCAGGCCUGCCAACGACAUUUGCAACUUUGGAUAUUGAUGGUGUAAGAAAAAUAAUUUUUGCACUACCAGGGAAUCCUGUGUCAGCCGUGGUCACCUGCAAUCUCUUUGUUGUGCCUGCACUGAGAAAGAUGCAGGGCAUCUUGGAUCCUCGGCCAACCAUCAUCAAAGCCAGGUUAUCAUGUGAUGUAAAACUGGAUCCUCGCCCAGAAUACCAUCGGUGUAUACUGACUUGGCAUCACCAAGAACCACUGCCUUGGGCACAGAGUACAGGUAAUCAGAUGAGCAGCCGUCUGAUGAGCAUGCGCAGCGCCAACGGAUUGUUGAUGCUACCUCCAAAGACAGAGCAGUACGUGGAGCUCCACAAGGGCGAGGUGGUGGAUGUCAUGGUCAUUGGACGACUAUGAUGGUCACCAGCGGAGAAAGCUUUGAUGCAUGUCCACAUAUCAUUGACUGUAUCCUGUAAUAUGCAACGGCACAGCUAGUUUUUCUGAUUUGGAUAAAAGUUGAUCUGUAUAGUCAACAUCUUGAACUAUAUUUCAAAAGAAUUUAAAUACCUUUUAAAGAAAAAAAACACCUAAAAAUAAAUCUUAACAGAUAACUCUAUUCUGAUUAUAUCAAAGCAAAUUUUUCCUUUCUUGCAAAUUGCUUUGUGUGUUCAAUGCUAGGUCUGAUAGCAAUAGCUUUUAGUAGACAGCAGUAGGUGCCUGCAGAACUUGUGUUUUUCUCAUCUUUAAACAACUACUUAUGCUCUCAAAUCAAGGCUGUCUGCUUAUUUAUACUAGCGUAGGCAACACUUGGAUUUCCCUUCUUAGUAUGCUUCAUAACCGCUUUACAGAGAGCUUUCGCUUGUUCUUUAUCAUGUAUCUCGUGUUUAUGUGCACAGUGCCAACAGAAGAGCGACUGGGGGAGGCCCUGCCCUGCCUCCAGGAGAGCCAUCCCUCGCAGAGCUUCCGGGAAGUUUCUCACCCCAGGAGCCUCAUGGCACAGUACUCUUGGGCAGUAACUGGAUACCUUUUAUUUGAACAAUCUAACUGGGGGGAAAUGCUUCCUUAAGUGCUGACAGCCUUUUUAACCAAUACAUUUAAAAUUGUACAGAAAAAAAACAUAAAAUCAAAGACUGAUCUUGUACAGAUAUUAGUGUUACCAGCAUUCAUGUGGAAAUCAAGAGCAAAGAAAAAAUAAUGAUAAACAACUCUGUACCAUAACAUUUUCUGUAAUGAUACUGAAACUUAAUGAAUAAAAAAAAAUCCUUGAUCAU